AUGACUAUUCAACAACAAAAGCAGCUUCUUAGUAUUUGGGGUGGGGUCACUUUUGCGAAACUUCUAAUCUUGGGCAUCUUCUUCCUUCCAAAGGCACUUGCCCACUAUCACUCACCGCUAGCAGACGCAGCACCUACUAUCAAUGUCAAUUCACUUUUCCAACACACAACAUCCAGGAACCAAAAGGUGAUCACACAAGCCCUUGGAAUCGUAUCGUCCAUGCAAAAUGCACCCACAUGCACCCACAUGGCCGCUUCGCACCUGAUGAACGAAUGCAAACUACUGGAACAUGCGCCAGAGUUUACGAAAAGUCGACCAGAGGCUUAUCUUGAUAAAGUCAAAAUAGAAUAUGCAGCCAAGCUAGCUGUUUGCGAACUACUAAGCACUCAACCAGUCAAUUCAGUUGCGCCGCCACAUUGCAACAUACUCGUUCCAGCUGCUAAGCAUUGUGACAAAGGCGGUAGCUGGUGGCUUGCUCGACCAGCGAUGGUAUCUGAAGACAAGCAGUGCUACCCUGAUUUCAAGGAAUACCAGUAUAUGCAAUGCCUCAAGAGCCUUCAAUCAACACCUCAGUACUGGACAUCAUUUAGCAAUGCCCGUCAGAAUGCAAUUGUUAUGUGUCAGGCAAGCAGAGACGCCAUUGAACGAGAAAACCACUUGGAAAUUUUCAAAAACCUGACCAAGGUUGUGGGUGGUGUGACUGAAAACAUGCACAAGACAACAGCAGAAUACGAAUCUCUGAUUCAUGAACAGAGAAAGUACGCCGAGGAAGCCAGAAACACGCAUCAAGAACUCAGAGACGACAUUCAAGCGGUUCGGAUAACAGCAGUCGCAACAGUGGAGGUGAUAGAUAACAAAUUCAAUACCUUUAUGAAGUCUUCGAUCUCGAACCUCAUAGCAGCGCUGGCCACCAGUCAGAGCAAAGAGAUUGAUCAGAUACAUGAGAAGAUGCAGGAGUUCUUGCAAGACUUAAUGUUGGAGAGCUCACAGCUUGCUAAGUACUUCACCGAUCAGCUGCAGCAAUACCACCAAGGUGCUCUGUCUAGUUUACAAUCCAAUCACAAGGCACAGGUGCGCAGCUACGAAGUCCUGUCAAACUACAUGGGUGUUACCCAAGACACCAUCAACAGGACAAAUCAAGCCGCCGACCGCUCUCUCUACAAAGUCGACAGCAUCGCCCAGCGACUUGAUAUCUUUGAAUCGCAAACCAAGCACAUCGCCGAGGGCUUUGCAUUCCUCAGCGCUAUGCCGACGCUCGUCAAAUCGCUUGUACAUGGAUUAGUAGCUACAGCUGGUAGCAUCUUCACUUUCUUUGUCCUCUUCAAGCUUAACAUGAGACUCGCUAUAUACACUGUCGGCGCAUGCAGUUGGACUUUCCUCUUCUACACAAGCGGUACCCUGUACUGGCUUGCAUCGCCAUCUUCACACACGCAUGAUACAGAAGCCUUCAAUCCGCUCGCUAUCUUCGACAAUAUGUCAUCGUGGCAAAAAGUCACGGGUAUGCUACUGCUAUUGUGGCUGAGCGCAUAUCCCAUUUGCCGGCUCAAUAUCUACCUUGGCGGCUUUGUUACCAUGGCGUUCCGACGACUUGCAGGACUAAUCUGGUUGUACGAAUACAGCAAUGAGAGUGGUACUGCAUAUCUACCCUGCAUCGAAAUCCCUGCACCAGUACCAAAUGUUCCACCCAAAGACAGCAUUCGAGCCACCCGGCAGCUGAACUGA